GCCAUUCGCCAGAGUCGGCACUCAACUUUUAACUUGAUCGUGGGCAACGUUUUUGUGGAGAAUGGAUGGGCCAAAGAGGACAAAGAUAAAUGACGAGUGCGUGUGCUGCCAUUGCCGCAACAAGAUUAGGCUUCCCUUGAAGUUCCAAGCUGUCCCAAGCGAUCUUUGGACCGCGUUUAUUCAAGCAAAACGGAAUGAACUGGCGGCCCAACUCGAAGUGCGCCAGCUCGAAACUUGGGUACAGCACGCCUCGCUCCAACAGAAGGACGAGGGUGAUUUGGAACUGGAUGCACUGCGUGAUGAAAAGCAACACGAGCAGGAUUUCUAUCUCUCGCAACUCGAGUUCAAAAACCCCGAGGACAUCAGCAAUGACGGAAGAAAGGUGAUGUUUUACAAAAGUCCCAACGGCUACGCAAUCUUGGACAAGGCCUUUGUAGAUCAGAUUUCCAAAGACGCGAAGACAGCAAAAGAAUUGUUUGAGGAGCUCCUUCUGCGUCAUUUCACACACGAGGCGCUCCUCAAUGGAAGUCUGGAUGGAGGCUGUGGGUUCCAUCGACUGAAUCCUCCGAUGAUUGAUGCCAUUUUCGACAUCAUUCAUGACGUCCAUUCCAGAAGUGAGACCACAAGCCGCAACGCUUUCAAGGAGAGCCUGCGAAGGAUGAGGGAGAGGAUCAGGGCAGAAGAGGCUUAAUAACACAAGCGACAACCGCAAAUAAAGUCAAUGUCCA